UUCCAUUUCUGAAAUUUCCCUCCUCCCAAAGCUCCACUCAACUGAAGACACUGGCAGUGGCCACUCACAUAAAAGAACCUCAUUCGACCGUUGGACUGGAAACUCUCACCUUUUACCCACUCAAAAUCCCAGAAUCACAGCCAGCAAACCAAUAAAUUUGAUUGGUCUCCGGUGAUUCAACGAUGGUUACUCGGAAGAGUGUAGCUCCGGCGAAGGUCGGACUUGAGGCUGCCGGGGAAAAUGGAAGCGGAGACAUUCCUAAAAAGUCCGAUUACGAGCAAUCCAGGGAAGAAAGAAUCAAACAAAACCUCGAGAGGAUGAAGAAUCUUGGGAUUCUUGAUCUUUCUCUCAAACUCAAGUCUAUGAACAAGCCUACACCUAAGUCAACCCCUUCUUUUCGCAGAACUUUUGAGCAUGCCACCCCUUUACCGCCUUCUGGUCCCCGCCGCCGCUCUUCCCGGUUGCAAAAUGCGACACCUGUUAGCUAUACUGAAGUGCCUUUGAAAAAUAAAGAUAAUUCGUCAGAAGAUGAGCAUGAUUUCCAGAGAGAGGAGGGUUCCAAACCAGAAUCCUAUACUGAAGAACAUGAAAAGUUGUUAGGCAGCACUGAAAUGAGUUGGACUCUAUUUGUGGAUGGUUAUGCUAGUAAUGGAAAACGUAUAUAUGAUCCAGUGAAAGGCAAGACUUGUCACCAAUGCAGGCAGAAAACCCUUGGGCAUCGUACGCACUGCAGUCAAUGCAAUAAGGUGCAGGGACAGUUCUGCGGAGAUUGUUUAUAUAUGAGAUAUGGAGAACAUGUACUUGAGGCAAACCAGAAUCCAAACUGGAUUUGCCCCGUUUGUCGUGGUAUUUGCAACUGCAGUUUAUGCCGUCAAGCUAAAGGGUGGGCACCUACUGGCACUCUUUAUAAAAAGAUUUCAAGCUUAGGAUUCAAGUCCGUUGCUCAUUACAUCAUUCAAACACGACAAAAGAAGAGUGUUUCAGAGGUAACUUCAGAUGUCGAGGUUCCAAUAUCUGCAAAAAGAUCCUUACCCUUUUCCAGCACCGAAGAAACACCCAUGGAGAACAGAUCUUCUGGGUUCAAAACUAUACCUCAGGGGUUGGAUCAUGGUCAAUCUGAAGGCCAGGUUACAGAUGUUUGCAUUGGUGUUGGUAAGGAAGAGGAAAGACAAUGUGUAUUGGACAAUGAAAUGGCUGAGUGUAAGUCAAAUCUUGAAGACAACUCACUACUCAUAAUGAAACCAGCAUUGGCCGCAGAUGGUAUCUCUGGAGAACCUCGGUUACAGCAAGGGAUUGGAAGUGAAACAGAUGUUCAAGAGGGCAGCAAAGUUUUGUUGGUGGAUAGCGCAGAGACUUUCACUAUGCUGGCACUUCCUGAGACCAGUUUGAACCUGACAGGAGUACCGAACUCUGAAAAUGGGACAAUACUGAUGAAGCAUGAUAAUAAUGAUGAAGGACUUUGUCAUCUGGGUAAAAGAGAUGUUGAAUGCUUUGCUGCACCGGAAUCAAGCCGAAAUUCCAAAGGGGCUAAAGAUGAAAGACUAGAUGUUGAGCAUCAGAUCUCGAGCGAUAUUUCAUCUACAUGUACUGUUGAAGCAACCGUAAACCAUCUUAGUUCCACCACUUCAACUGUCACACAAGUUCCAGUUGUAUCUCCACCAACUACCCUAGCAACUGUAAACCAUCCACCAAUAGCCACUCCAAUAGUUGCACCUGCUGAGGCUACUGAUAGUAUUGCCAGAAGAUUGAGACCAAGGCGUGGUAAAAUCAUGGAGCUUGAGGAGCAAGAGUCAACAGGCGUGCAACAGUUGGACAAUGUCGCAUGCCCUUUGAAUCCUGUUACACCUGUGACAUGUUCGAAAUCCAACAGAAAACGCAUUCGCAGCUCAGAGCCAUCCCCUAAUAGUAUCGCUGGACGACUAAGACAGAGGCGUCUAGAGUGCAGGGUGGUAUGAGGCAUUGCACCUGUAUUUUCCUGAAGCCACUUUAACCGGCCUUUGCCUUUUGUUCAUGUGCAUUUAGUCCUAGCUAGAUAUCAAGUUAAUGCAGUAGGCCGUUGGACAUGAUUCUUUUUGCCGAAUGUUUGCCGCUCUUCCCUUUUUGCUUGCUCAUUUUGUUCAGGUUUUGGAGGAGCUCAGAUAUGAAACUCCACUUUUUUCUAACAGGCUGUAAAAUGCUUAUUCACUAAUGUACUAGUCCAGUCAUUAGUUUCCAAACCUACUUCAGCAUUUUCCUGUUUUCUAGCCCAUCUACAAG